GGUGACUUUAAGAGGUACAUUCGAAAUUAUAUUGUGAUGUGAUGCCUCCUUGGGGACUGGCAAAAAAGCCUGUCAAGCUGUUCUUGAACUUUUCGUUCGGACAGUUUCUUUCUCAACCGUUAGAAGAUGAUCAGAUACUAAUAACCUCAAACGGUAUUGGCUGUAAAGAUAUUUACUUCAAUAUUGAUAAACUAAAUGCCUUACUAUCUGAAAGCGGAAUUCCUCUCGUCGUUUGUGUCGCUUACAUAUCUGAAGUAGUCAUCUGUCUGCCAUGGAGUGUUGAAAUUAAUGGGAUAGACUUUGUGGUACAAGCAAUUUCAGAAGUCUCCUCACCAUCUGGAACCGAUGAACUGUUUAAUUCAAUGAUAUCUAGUGUAACAACUGCAGCCUUUGCCGUUGCUAAGGCUGCAAACAGUUCUACAAUUCCUUCAAGUCUUUUCGAGGAAGGCUUUGUCCAAACAUCGGAAGAAGGUGCAAAUGUUGAGUCUACAGACAAAGAUAAAAUUCCAAAAGGCUUGCAGGAGCAAGCAUAUAAGUUCUUCGAAAAUCUUACAGUUGCCGCCGAGACAAUGAGUAUCGGUACAAAAGGUGCAAGUUCGUAUGUUGAUCAAGACAGUAAACAGAGAAUCGCACAUAUGAUUGAUUCAUUGAUUGCACAGACUAGCAUUGUCCUACGCGAUGUCAGUAUUCGUGUUGAAUGUGAGCUAAGACUACCAGGGCUUGAUCGUGCUUCUGGAUUAACACUAUCCAUUAAACACUUAUCAAUAUCAAAUCAGUAUAAAACAGAGGACAGACAACCACCUCCUUCACAAGCAACUGGUGGUCGUUGGUCGUGGUUAUGGUGGUGGCAAAGUUCAAACAAUACAGCUACUGGAAAGAACUCUGCCUCAUCAUCAUCAACGUCACCGUCGCCUACUACAACUUCCACACCAUUAGGAAGUUUAUCAACUAUGUUGCAUAAAAUUAUUCAUGUCGAAGAAGUUAAUCUAUUCUGGGAUUUAUGGAGUACUACAUCUAGUCAAGUAAAAACACGUUCCAGUUUAUCUAGUUCACCAGAUCCAAGUGAAUCAUCGUGUUCACCUCUUUCUAACAAAAAGACAUGUGGUCCAACAGCUGAUACAAUGGUUUCAUCAGCUAAACUAUUAACUCUAUCCGGUUCAGAGCAUACAGCACGAUUAAGUCUACGUGUCGGCUCAGCACUAAGUGGAACACCGAAUUUCACACCAUCUUCAACUGUACAAUCAGAUGAUUCAAUGAGAUCAGCUAAUAUGAAUUCGAUGCCUUCUAACUCAAUGAAUAAUGCUACUACUAAUAGUAAUAAUAGUAAUGUAUCAGACUUUCAAUUACGUUUACAUGUGGAUUUAGGACCAAUUGUUGCUUGUGCUUAUCCUAGUCAAUUCUAUUGGUUAAAUAUGAUGUUUGGCCAACUUGUACAUAUAUAUGAAGAUUAUGUUGAACAACGUAAAAGUAUAUGUGAACAAAAUAAAUUAGAAAAUGAUAUGAAAUGUUAUUAUUCUGAUCUGUUAACACGUAAUCAUUUGUCGAAUAUCAUAGGAGAAAAUGAUUGUGUCAAUGUAUUGACGUCUAAUUUGGAUAACCAUAUUCAUAAUUACUCUGAUCAUAAUAACUUUCAGAAACUACAUCCAACUUCUCCUUUGGAACUGAGGGAAGCUCAUCUUAUUGAUUUAGAUCUGUCAGACAAUGCAAGAGAUGCUCAAAAUCUUACCUCCACAAUGUUGAAUAGUGAACUAUUUCGUUCUUGUCUAACUGAUGUCUCAACGACUACACUUCACGAAAAUAGUGUUACCUCCAGCCAAUUUUUCGAUCGUCAGUUUAUACAAAAACCUGAUUUCAACAACAACAACAACAACAACAGCAAUAAUCGUAAUUCCCCUCAAGUAACUACAAAGUAUACUAUGUCUGCAAAUAUACUUUGUGUAGCAUUUAUUGCUUUCUAUGAAGAUGAAUCCGUGUUAACACGUGAACAAAUGGUUGAAGGUGUAACAUUUUCAUCCAAUGUUAAUUCUGUACAUAAAUCACGUUCAAGCGAAGCUGAUGAAUUGGAUGAAUUAAAGUUAAACAAACAAGAACAAUCAUUUGAUUCUGAUACAAGCAUACAAGAGCAUCAUCAUCAACAGUCGGAUGAUUUUAGUGAAAAGUCUAAAGGUAAUAGCAGUACUACCAAUGGCAGUGUUAAUAAUCCAACCGGAGAUUAUUAUUCAACAGUAAUAAAUUCUGCUGCAGCACUACCAGGACCGUCUAUAUUUUUUGCACGAUUUCACGGGUUUAUACCAACUCCAAAUUGUCAACUGAAGUCUACUGACAACACCACCACCACCAACAACAGUGUUGACGAUAAAGAUAAAACUCCCUUCAAAUGUCAACCUAUGCGUAUUAAUCGUGAAGAAGUUGAUACAGGUCGUAUGUCCUCUGCUGAAUGGGUAGCUCAUUUAAAGUAUCAAUUUUCUAAUAUGGCCUAUCCACGUGAUCAUUUAUGGUGAUGCACACCUGCGCUACACGCACACACACACACACAACAUCGAUCUGUUUACCUGUAAUUUGCAUUGUAUUUCUGUGUGUUUGUGUGUUUAUUUCAUUAGUUUUUCUGUGUUGUGUUUUAUAAUUUCUUAUUAGUAGUUGCCUCAACAACAAAAAAUCUAUUUUUAGUUGAUUAGUAGAACAGGUGCAUUUUAUCC